CGUGAUUACUACGUCACACAAACCACUGCCUCUACUUCCUAGCAAGUGUUUACGAUAAGCUAUUAGCCUAGCAGUCUUAAACUCGUUUCGGCCUCAAGAUGAACGUUAUAGAGCAUGUACGCGACAUGUCAGCCGCGGGCCUUCACUCUAAUGUCCGGAUUAUGAGCAGCUUGUUGUUGACGAUGAGUAGCAACAACCCAGAGCUGUUCUCCCCUUCUCAGAAGUACCAGCUCCUUGUGUAUCACGCCGAUGCCAUCUUCCACGAUAAGGAGUACCGGAAUGCUGCGUGCAAGUACAGCAUGGCUCUGCAGCAGAAGAAGGUCAUCAGCAAAACAUCCAAAGUCCGCACGUCAACGGGCGGCGGGGCGUCUAACGUCCAGGCCCAGAGCCUGCCCUCAGAGAUUGAGGUGAAAUAUAAGAUAGCAGAAUGCUACACCAUAUUGAAACUAGAUAAAGAUGCCAUCGCAGUGCUGGAUGGAAUCCCAUCCAGACAGAGAACUCCAAAGAUCAAUAUGAUGCUAGCUAACCUGUACAGGAAGGCUGGCCAAGAGCGAUCCGCUGUGUCGAGCUACAAGGAGGUGCUGAGGCAGUGCCCGCUGGCCCUGGACGCCAUCAUAGGCCUCCUGUCCCUCUCGGUGAAGGGAGCGGAGGUGGCCUCCAUGACCAUGGACGUGAUCCAGAGCAUCCCCAACCUGGACUGGCUCUCCGUCUGGAUCAAGGCAUACGCCUUUGUACAUGCCGGGGACAAUCAGAGGGCCAUCAACACCAUUUGCUCUCUGGAGAAAAAGUCUCUUUUGCGGGACAACGUGGACCUGCUGGUGAGCCUGGCUGACGUCUACUUCAGGGCCGGGGAUACGAAGAACUCCAUCCUGAAGUUUGAACAGGCCCAGAUGCUGGACCCCUACCUCAUCAAAGGCAUGGACGUGUACGGCUAUCUGAUGGCCCGAGAGGGACACCUGGAGGACGUGGAGGUCCUGGGGGGAAGACUCUUCAACAUCUCUGAUCAGCAUGCCGAACCAUGGGUCAUCUCCGGCUGUCACAGCUUCUACAGUAAGCGCUACUCCCGGGCUCUGUACCUUGGGGCCAAGGCCAUCCAGCUGAACAGCAACAGUGUGCAGGCCCUCCUGCUGAAGGGGGCGGCGCUGAGGAACAUGGGCCGGGUCCAGGAGGCCAUCAUCCACUUCAGAGAGGCCAUGAGGCUGGCGCCAUGCCGCCUGGACUGCUACGAAGGUCUGAUCGACUGUUACCUUGCAUCCAAUGGGAUCCGAGAGGCCAUGGGGAUGGCCAACAACAUCUACAAAACCCUGGGUGCCAACGCCCAGACCCUGACCAUCCUGGCCACGGUCUGCCUGGAGGACCCGGUGACCCAGGAGAAGGCCAAGGCCCUGCUGGACAAGGCCCUGGCCCAGAGGCCUGACUACACCAAGGCCGUGGUCAAGAAGGCUGAGCUGCUGAGCCGAGAACAGAAAUAUGAAGAAGGGAUCGCUCUCCUCCGCAACGCCCUGGCCAAUCAGAGUGACUGUGUCCUGCACAGAAUGCUGGGCGAUUUCCUGGUGGCGGUCAAUGAUUACCAAGAAGCCAUGGACCAGUACAGCAUAGCCCUGAGCCUGGAUCCCAACGACCAGAAGUCUCUGGAGGGCAUGCAGAAGAUGGAGAAGGAGGAGAGCCCUACGGACGCCACGGUGGAGCUGGACGGAGACGACAUGGAGGGCAGCGGGGAGGAGGGGGACCUGGAGGGCAGCGACAGUGAGGCGGCUCAGUGGGCGGACCAGGAGCAGUGGUUUGGCAUGCAGUGACCCCACCCCUAACCCCAGCUGCUCCGACAUGGCCGCAGCAGGGGUCCUUUUGAUUCACCGUUCAUUGAGCGUGCCGCUGCAGGGAUGUGGUGCAAAAGGCUGCUGGCCAAUGGCUGCGUCGGCCCCUCGAGUGGUCAAGGGUUUCAUGGAGAAUGUAACUCAACAUGUGGUGUUGACAGUGCCAGGAUAUGAAUUUAUUUUGUCAUUUUCUUUUGUUUCUCAGCUACAGAUAUAAAAAAAUUACAGGAAAUUUAAAGUAAGUCUUGAUUCCUAACGCCCAGGUGUUCAAGUCCUAUUUACCAUGUCAUCAAGUUUAAAGUCUUGACUCCUGAACACUCGUGUGUUCAGGUCAUAUUUAGUUUUGUCUGCUUUUUUGACCCGGUUGCCUCUGAACUGUCUGUUUCAUGUGUGGUCUUGAAUAUUAAUACAUUCUUGAGAUUCCCCUCAGUUUGCCUUUGUAAAUAAAAUGUUUAUGUUGGACAUUAACUUUUUCAAAUAUUCUCUCACCCUUUUAAGUGUAAUGUUAGUGAUUUUGUAUUUUUUUUUAUUAUACUUGUAUAAUAAAUGCUUUACUCCUUG